AUUGAGGGAUAUGCUUCUCUAUGUUCGAUUCGAACUCUCGCCAAAUAAUAUCACACUGAUUGCGUUGACAGUUAGCAUUGGAGUUAUUCGUGUGACGUUUUCUUUUUCUCUUGUAUUAAUGGCAUGAAUUAUUUUUUUCUGGUUAGCAUUUUUCAGUACAAAUGUCAGGACAGUUCUAUAGUAUGAGGCGGAAACUUGGACAACCACGAAAGCCAUCAUCCAGAAGGUACAAGUGUUUAUUAACAGUUGUCCACGCAAAAUACUCCGAAUCCGUUGGUCAGACACUAUCAACAACAACCUACUAUGGGAGAGAACAAACCAGAUUUCAGUGGAGGAAGAAAUCAAGAAGAAGUGAUGGAAGUGAAUAGGACAAACAUUGAGGAAAGCACCCAACUGCAUCACAAGGUAAGCCCUCAUUUGGAGUCCUCAAUGCUAAAUGAGAAGAGGAAGACCAUUGAGCACAUUACUUCGAGAAAUGGAGACAGUCAUGAGAAGAAUGAACAAGAACUGGAUAAACUAGAAAGGAAGGCAGGCUGGGACAUAAUGGGUUGUAGAAUGCUGGUCGGCGACCUAUCCUCUAUUGGGGUUAACAGGCGUAAUUGCUUACCAGUUUUUUGUAGAUCAGUUACAAGAAAGCAUUGAUCAAAACACUAUAUCAUAGAGUAGAAACGAUAUGUAUUAUUGGCAAGUUGGUAAGAGAAUUGGUGAACACUGAAAAAUGACCAAGAGGCAAAUGCUACAAACAGAAAUUUACUGAAAAAUGUGAAGAAUUUAGGGAAAACAAGACGGGUAUGACAACAGUCGAUGAAAAACCAUUAUCUAUAAAUCUCUACUUCAAAUGUUAUGACGUCAUAAGCAGGAGGGUUAACACUGCAUUAAACUGAACUGAACAUGCAGUCAAACUGCAUAAAACAUAUUGAACAUAUCAAUAAAAGUUUGACAAAUACCCCCUUUAUGUUACCUCCAACUGUGCCUGCACAUUUACACGUACCCAUCAAAGCAGCUAUAUUAGCUGAGCAGAAAAAAGAGAAUAUCAUAAAACUUUUUAACAUUUUCCUAAAAGCCUUCGAAGAAGAGGAAAACUAUCUUAAAUAGCUUAAUUAGUAAACGUCUCUUCGAUACAGGACAUCAGUUCGACUUGUGAUCUAUUAAGGUGAUUAAUAACCAGUCAAGCCCCAAUCCUCUGAAGUUUGUUGAAGGCAUUGGUCUCAGGCGUCAGAAACCUUAUUUUUCUGUCCAAAAAUGUGAUGGUUGUUAAUCUUUCUUUGCCUUGGCAACAAAUAUCCCUUCGUUUCAUUAUAACAUUUUGUUCAACUGUUUCUUUCAAUUAAUUCGACUGUCUUCUAGAUUAACAAUCUUAUUUUAUUAAUUGAGCUUUACUCACUUUAUUCUUAAUUAUCAGUGUUUACUCAUUGCGUAAUCACUUGUUUCUAGCCCCUUUAGACUUCCGUUAGCAUCACUGUUGUAGAAUGUUCCUUAACAUAAACGACAUAUUUACAAUAUUUUCUUUAGUCUAUUACGUUUAUUUAUACCCUUGCCAUACUAUAAUGACGUAAGAUUAUAACAAUUAACAAAACUCUUUCAUGCAAGUAAAUUAAACCACUUUUUAAACAUCACAUUUUGUAAGCAGAUGACGAGGAUCAAAUAAAAUCAAAUGAAUCCAUGCUAUUCUAUUCAAA